AUGCCUGCCAUCGACCGCGAGCAGCUCGACCACCGUGUGGAGCAGAUCUACGACCAGGUGGUGGCCUGGCGCCGCUACCUCCACGCUAACCCAGACCUCUCGUACGAGGAGCAGCCGACUGCGGCUUACAUUAUGUGCGAACUGCAGAAGAUGGAUGCGGGGGGUAAAUGGCUGCACAUCAGCCAGCCUGAAGGCAAUUGCAUCGUUUCGGACCUGAAGGGCGGCGCUGGUGAGGGUGCGAUUGUCGCGCUGCGGGCGGACAUCGACGCGCUGCCUGUGGAGGAGCUGACAGAUGUGCCCUUUGCAUCGAAGAAGAGGGGUGUGAUGCACGCGUGUGGCCACGACACGCACGCUGCGAUGCUGCUCGGCGCGACGAAGCUGCUGCUCGAGGAUGCGGAGAAGAUCAAGGGCACCGUGCGCCUGCUGUUUCAGCCGGCGGAGGAGGUGCCGCCGGGUGGCGCCAAAAUGAUGAUCGAGAAGGGGUGCAUGGAGGGAGUGACGAUGGCGUUUGGUCAGCACAUACUCCCGCUUGAAGAGGGCCCCACUGGCACUGUUUUGGUGCGCAAAGGUGCGAUCCUCCGCAGCUCUGACACACUGCACGCGGAGAUCAUUGGUCGUGGGGGUCAUGCCUCGCUGCCGGAGCGUUCCAUCGACCCCAUCCCGAUUGCGUGCCUUGCUGUGACUGCCCUUCAGCAGGUGGUCUCUCGCCGCAUGCCGCCGUGCAAGUGCCCAGUCCUGACGAUCUCCGCGAUAAACUCGAGCUGUGACACCUACAAUGUAAUCCCCGAUAAGGUUACGCUGAAGGGGACGCUGCGCUGCACAGACAGCCAGGUGCGGGAGGAUGCCAAUAAGGCCAUCGCCGAGGUGCUUCACGGCAUCUGCGGCUCGUACGGUGCGACGUGCAGCUUCAAACGAUUUCCUGGCUACGAUGUGACGGUGAACGCAGAUAGCGCGUACGAUGUGGGGAUGCGAGUGCUUGCCCAGGUAUUGCCGUCGAAGGACCAGAUUGUGGUUCUUCCAGAUUGCAUGUCUGCCUCAGAAGACUUCAGUGAGUUUGCGAAGCUGGUACCUUCGAACUACGUGGGCAUCGGAUGCUACAAUGCUGAGAAGGGGUGCGCUGCGCCGAACCACAACGCGAGGUUUGACGUCGACGAGGAAGCGAUGAAGGUCGGCGUGAAAGUGCACUUUGGUAUUAUCCACGAGUUGCUAAUGCAGUGA